GCCAUUUCUUGUAAAGGCACAGAGUAGGUACUUUGUAAAUUAGGUAAUUAUUUAGGGCAGUGAGUGAUGAAUAGUGAUACUCUUUGAAACUGUGUUUUUGUUGUUUACAUGUUACAAAAAUGUUGUUGUUUAGGAUGAUUUAAUUUUAAUAAAACGCGUAAUAAGUGUUUGGCCAUAAUUUCUACUUUCUUUGCGUUCAUCCAAGAUGUCCAGCAGUUCGGUGGAAGAUAUACCAGAGCAAUGUAGGGACUUAUUUACACAAGAUGGAGUCCUCCUCAAGGGUUCCAUGGGUCGUGCCAUCACUGACCUCAACUCCAUUGGCAUGCUCUGCAUUGUCCAAAAUGGAGACUCCUCAAAAUGCAUUGAAUGGAGACCAAACGAUCUCAUCACUAUUGACUCAGACACACAGGAUCAAGAGUGGGCGGUCGUUAACACAAUUGGUCGCCGCCAAAGAACCCUCAGCGGCCACAUGACGUCCGACUACGCGGCCGCUCGAGCGCGCAUCAUCAGAAUACCGCUCGACGAGCUAAAAACCUUCAAAUGCUCGCGUAACAACCAACAGAUGCAGUUCUCCACAAAACCGGGAGUAUGGCACAAUACCUUCUACUUCCAACACGGAAACGCCGAAAUUUUCGUCGCCAACUUAAAGAACCACGUCAAAACUGCCAAGACCAGGCACGACAGAAACACAUAUGUUGUCGUGGAACCUAAUAUAGAAUCCCAGGUCCUGAAUAGAUCGUUUGCUGAGCUGGAUAUAUUUACGGAGAAUACCACAGACGUAGUGUGGAACUUUGUGUCUAAUUUCAAGCAAAGGCCUUAUGCUACCACUAUGGAGGCAUUCUCCAAACUCAAUGAUAUUGUCAUUCAAUUUCUAGUUUACUACGGCAACGAGGCCGUGAACGGCAAACGUGACGUGACGGAAGAGGUCGCGGACCUGUUGACGAAGAGUAUGAGCGCACUGGAAGACGCCACCUCCGUCACCCGCAGUGAUGAGUAUGAGGUUAUCAAUGUCAAGCCCACCCUGCCGCCUCGGCCCUGCAUACCCAGGGGUACUCCACUGAGCACAGAGAAGUGGGAGGGACUGCACGACACUGAGGGAAGAAUUACCGAGGUUGAGGGAGUCAAACAACUCAUUUUCAGAGGAGGUGUGGCACAUUCAAUACGCCACUCGGUGUGGAAGUACCUUCUAGACUACUACCCCUGGAGAAUGACGCACGCAGAACUGAAGGUUCUCCAAAAGAAGAGGACAGAGGAAUAUUUCUCCAUGAAACUGCAGUGGCGAUCCAUGACCGAAGGCCAAGAAGCCAGGUUCUCGGAGUAUAGAGACAGGAAGAGCUUGGUAGAGAAAGACGUGAACAGAACGGACAGGACGCACCCCUUCUUCGCGGGGGACAACAACCCCAAUCUUCAGGUGCUGCAGGACAUCCUGCUGACGUACGUGAUGUACAACUUCGACCUGGGCUACGUGCAGGGCAUGAGCGACAUCCUGGCGCCGCUGCUGCUUCUGCUGGGUAGCGAGGUGGACAGCUUCUGGUGCUUCGUUGGGUUCAUGGACAAGAUUGCGUCAAACUUCGACAUGGACCAAGCCGGCAUGAAACAGCAAUUGCUGAACUUGCAGCAACUCCUCGCAUUUGCAAGUCCCGAGGUUGCGCGACACUUGGCAGCCAAGGACUCAGAGAAUAUGUACUUUUGCUUCCGAUGGCUGCUGGUCUGGUUCAAGCGAGAGUUUUCCCACACGGAUAUCAUGAGGUUAUGGGAAGUGCUGUGGACGGGUCUACCCUGCGCUAACUUUCAUUUGCUGGUCUGUGUCGCCAUACUGGAUGCAGAGAAAGAUGUGCUCAUUCAGAAGGACUAUGGCUUCACUGAAAUACUGAAGCACGUAAACGACCUAUCAAUGUGCCUCGACGUCGACCGAAUACUAAGCACGGCUGAAGGCAUUUACCACCAAAUCAUAUCAGCACCUCACUUAACAGACCAGAUCCGAGUCAUCCUCGGCAUCCCCACCGUGGCCGCUAAGCCCGAGCCGGAGACGGACUCCGAGCCCGAGGCCGAGCCGGAGACCAGCGCUGCCAACGGUAAUGUGACCUACAACCCGGACAUGGAGGAAGUUAUGUAUCAGAUAGGCUUAGAUAUGAACUUCUGAGGUUACUCUCGAAUAUAACGGCCUACAAAUUUCCAUAGUGACGAAAACCGUAUGGGCGCUGUUGGCGUAGUUACGAAUUGUGUACAAAUUAAGGCCCCUGUUCCACGCGACGCGUGAUGGCAGUGGUUCCUAGGAGUAAUACAAGGAACAGAUUGCUUAUACCUUAUCCACGGAAAGAAGUUAAUGUAGGACUCUCUGUUACGUAAUAUCAAACAAAUGAUAGAGACGAAAAUCUCUGUGGAUGGUAACCAUUUUGAAUCACCAACCACCGAAGAAGAGUUGCCGCGAUGCUUGCCGUUGCCAUCAUGCGUCGCUGCCUUCGCGUAUUUUCAAAAGGCGUAAAAAUGGCUUUAAAAUAUGUUAUCGUGAAACUAACCGACUUUGAUUGUUUUUUCCUUUUUCGUUAGUAGAUAGUUCAGUAGUAAAUAGUUUAUUUAAAACUGGCCUGAAAACCGAAUUGUAAAGACCUAUCCAGAAUAGACCAACGCUAUUGUAAUCCCUACUCGAUCAAAUUAAUAUGUUCAAAUGCUUACUUCUAAUACAAACAUUGUGUUUAUAAGAGCGAUUAUGCACUCAUCCGAUCCGAGUCUGUGAAAAUACGGAUAUAAAAAAAAAACUUGGAUAUUGCUUACGCACUAAUCCGUACUCUGAUCCAAAUCCAAGCUAUCCAGUGGAUAUCUUUGACAUUUUAUGUGCGUCAUAAGUCCGAUUUCGACGAAUCCGUGGCACAUCUCUCCGUCAUCCGUGACAAUUUUUCACGGACUCGGAUUAGAUGAGUGCGUAAUCGCUCUGAUAAUACGAGAAUAUUAGGGUGCGAUGCCAUUAAAGUGGACAUGUAUUUUCGAUCAAUCAGAUUAUCUAGAGAUGACGUGCUAAAAUUAUCAAGUCAUUUAACAAUAACUUGAUUGGUCGAAAGUACGUUUUCGCUCCACUCCGCUUCAAAGGAAACGCAUCCUAUUGGAAAGUAAACGUUCAAAGAAGAAUGUUCCACACUGUACCCAGUUAGCGCCAACUAGGUUGUUCUUAUAUGGUUAUAAGCAAAUAUUUGUUUGAUUCUGUGACUGAAAGUUUCAAUGUAGAUGUAUCAGUAAAAUUAAUUAAAGUAAGUAUGUUAAAAUAACAAAUCUCCUUUUCGAAGUCGGGUUGAAAUUAAAAAUCGGAAAGAAUACAAAUAUAGACUGGAAGGAAAGAGUGAUAAUUUUCUAUUUUUAUAAAAAGCACACUAUAAUAGGAAAAUUAACAAUUAUUUAAAAUGCUAAAUCUAGUUAGUAUAUUAAUAAAAUUAAUGUUAUACGAACCCAUUAACACUAAGUUAAGGUCACUAAUUAAUAAAAUGUGGCACAGAUAUAUUUUAUCCUAAUACUAACUAUUUUCUAUAUUUUGUUUUCUAAGUUUUGCACUAUACACAUUAAGGCUUGUAGGUUAUUUAUUUUAGAGGUAUUAAAAUGGUUUUUUCAAGAAUUUAAUAACCUGACUUAUCUCUAAAUAAUACUGUAUAUUUUUUUUUGUUUAUACUCUCCCCACCUUGUUGAUAUUAUAAUAAAAUUAUUGCUUCAAAAAAUAAUCAAUUAUUGAAUUAACCUUAAGCCAUGACUAUUGCCAAAUAAUCAUCUAUGUACAGCGUCUAUAAAUGGAUGUACCUUUUGUUUUAAAAUAUUGCUAGUUGUUGUUGAAAAAAGGUAUUAUUGCAGCUAUUAACAUUGUAAAUAAUUAUUUCUAGACGAGAAAGAUUGUUUCCUAUAUUUUGUGAUAGUAUUUUGGAAAAUUAUUAUGUACCAUUUUGUAAUUAUCUAUUAAUCUUCACGUCAUUCAAAAACGUUGUAAAAGACCGACCGUUUUAGCAUGCUAAAAAGUGGGGUUUCUAUCGAAAAUUACAGUUAUAAAAACAUAGACACUAUAAUUUUUUUUUUUAAAUAAAUUACGUAAAUAAGUUUAAUUUUCUAAAAAAUCUAAGGCGAUUAAAUAUUGGGUGUUAAUAAGAUAACAAAGUGGAACAUAACGGUUGAUUAUUAUAGCAAUAUCAGAAAUUAAAUAAAUAAAAUAAGAAAUUCGAGGCUAUUAUGUAGGUAUUAAUAUUUGGAUAAAUACUAACAUUUAAAUUGUAGAUAUGGAAGAAAACUGCAAUAAUAUACCUAUACAUUUCAAUUUUUUUAAUAAAAGAAAAGUGAAAAAGUAGAUCAUUUUAAUGAUAUUGUUGCCAUAAUGAAUAAAUACAGUAUUGUUUGUUAUUUUAUUAUUACAGAAUUUUGUUGGUUAAUUUUUUUUAAAUAAGAAAUCAGCACAUUCUUUCUCUAUUGUUCACAAGCUAUUUAAAUUCUAUUGUUAUUAAUAUAAGGUUUCAAAUUAUUAUUAUUGUAUCUUGUUUAACUUUUGUACAUUUGGUUAUGCAAGUUUAAUAAAGAUUUUUAGUGUA